ACUUCUUGUGGGUGCUCGGUUCCCACCCAACCAGCGGAGAAGAAAAGAGCAGGUGAGAGGAUGUUCGGAUGCUGCUUGCGUUACUAAACCGAGGAUAUUCAGCAAACAGAUACCUCAUGCACGGCGAAACGGGAGGUUACUGGCGACAGGUAGCGAGAGCACGUCGUGACAGUUGGGUUUAUGCACGGUGGUCACUUUCCGGACUGUUUUAUUCUUCAUAGACAGCAGGCGUCGAGAGAGGGCAGUAAGUCAGUGUUGGAGGUCUGUCCUGACUGAAGAGGAGACCCACUACACACACAAUCACAUCAUCAGCUUUUAAAUACACACACAUUCAUCGUAAUGGGAGGUGUAUGAUGACUGAAGCUGCAGGGCUAUGGCCAGCGAACCCCUCGAAGGCUUCCAUGAGGUCAACUUGGCGUCACCCACCACCCCUGACCUCCACGGAUUGACCUCCGACACCAGACCCCAAUGUCACAGCGCCCCUUCCAGCGCCCUGUACCGUACACCCUCCCUCAGCUCCAGCCCCUGCCCCCCCAACGCCCUGCGAGCCGACCAGCUGCCCACCCAGCCCAUCUACUCUGCCCCUAGGCUACUGGGCAGCACAGAACCCCACAAUGGAAGCGUUCCGGGGUUGGAACCCCCCGUCCGGUCAGAGGCGGAGUCAGCAGAAGGGGUGUUCCUGUCUGGAGAGGAAGGGGAGGAGUCUCUGAGUCUGACCAAUGACAGCCUGUCCCGCCUCCGCAGCCCUUCAGUCAUGGAGAUCAGAGAGAAAGCCAAUGAGCGACUGAAGGAGGAGCUAGCCAAGGCACAGAGGGAUGUUAAGUUGAAAGACGAGGAGUGUGAAAGGCUUUCUAAAGUCAGGGACCAACUGGGCCAGGAACUGGAGGAGCUCACUGCUAGCCUGUUUGAGGAAGCUCACAAGAUGGUGCGUGAGGCCAACAUCAAACAGUCGACGGCUGAGAAGCAGCUGAAGGAAGCUCUGAACAAGAUUGAUGUGCUCCAGGCGGAGGUGUCGGCCCUGAAGACCUUGGUCCUGUCCACGUCCCCCACCUCCCCCUGUCACGACCUUCCUGGGGGCUCCAAGGCUCCCUUCAAGAAGGGUCACGGCCGCAACAAGAGUACCAGCAGCGCCAUGCUGGGCAGCGGGCAGGAACUGAGCGGCACACAGCCCAUCGUACGAGACUGCAGAGAGCUGGACAGUCUCCUGUUUAGUGAGUUUAAGUUGUGGAAGGAGGAGCCCAGUCUGGAGAGGAACAGCUCCUUCCUGGAGAGAGUCUACAGAGAGGACAUCUACCCCUGUCUCACCUUCUCCAAGAGUGAGCUGGGGUCGGCCAUCUUGGAGGCAGUGGAGAGGAACACGCUCAGUGUGGAGCCGGUGGGUUUCCAGACGCUGCCUGUCGUCAAGGCCUCUGCUGUGGAGUGUGGAGGACCAAAAAAGUGUGCCCUUAGUGGCCAGACCAAAACCUGCAAGCACAGAAUCAAGUUUGGAGAUUCCAGCAACUAUUACUACGUGUCUCCUUUCUGUCGUUAUCGGAUCACGUCAGUUUGUAACUUCUUUACCUACAUCCGCUACAUCCACCAAGGGUUGGUCAAGCUGCAGGACGCAGAACAGAUGUUCUGGGAAGUGAUGCAGUUGAGGAAAGAGAUGAGUUUUGCUAAGCUGGGCUACUACAAGGAGGAACUGUGACCAACCAAUCACGAUACAGAACAGAGGGAUGCGUGUCUGAAUCUCAACCUAUCAUCAGAUGCACUCCCGUGACAGACAGGAUAGCUCUCCAAUCAUCCUACCCUCCUGGCUCUCAGAAGGACGAAGGACAGCCCCCAACGCUCCUCAUCGCUACCCCUUCCAAUCUCUCAUCCAAUCACGUGUCAUUUCAGGAGAGUCCUCCCAUCCUCUGUCUUCAAUACCUACAAGUAUAUGACUUAAAAUGCAUGCCCCUUACAUCCUGACUGGUCUACCAAUAACACUGAGUAGUUAUUCAGGAUGUAAGGGGAUUGGUAGUUCAGACUGACUGAUCUACCAAUAACAGUGAGUAGUUAUUCAGGAUGUAAGGGGAUUGGUAGUUCAGACUGACUGAUCUACCAAUAACAGUGAGUAGUUAAUCAGGAAGGGGAUUGGUAGUUCAGACUGUCUGUCUAGAACAUGACCUUUGCUUGUCAUUCUGAUUGGUCUGCUAGAAUGCAUAUUGGAACAGAGAGGAAAUGCUCUAAACCCAACGGCUGCUUCCAAAAUGGCACCCUGUUCACUGUAGUGCACGAUUUGUGGCCCCUAUGAGCCCUGGUCAAAAGUAGUGCACUAAAUAUGGAAUAGGGUGCCAUUUGGGACACAUAGACAAGUGUAAAUCGAGGCGCUCCGUCCAUCCAGCCAUCUGUGGUUAUUCUAUCCAUCUUAUCUCCAGUCCGUAUUUAAAACCAGAGGACCGUAACUAUGGUGACGACCACGCCGCUGAAUGUAACUUGACGCCGUCAUUAUAUGUUUAGAAACGCUGAAUGAGCUCCUCUGUCCACACUACAAGGCUGAGUCACAAAUGGCACCCUAUUCCCUAUAUAGUUAACUGCUGUAGUGGUGCAGUAUGCACAGCAGGGGUUCCCAAACCUGUUUCAUUAUUAUUGUUUAUUGAGAUUGACCUUCGUUAAAUACAACAGCAGCUUCCUUUUGUUUCAUUUGAGGGACCUAGGAAAAUGACUCAUGACUUAUUUUAGGACAUUUAUUUAUUUUAUUUAGUGGUUUUUAUUUAACCUUUCUAUUUAACUAGACAAGUCAGUUAAGAACACAUUCUUAUUUACAAUGACAACCCCCCCCCUAACCCUGACGACGCUGGGUCAAUUGUGCUCCACCCUAUGGGACUCCCAAUCACGUCUGGUUGCGAUACAGCCUGGAUUCGAACCAUGGUCUGUAGGGACUCCUCUAGCACUGAGAUGCAGUGCCUUAAACAGCUGCGCUACUCAGGAGCCCCGAUGAUGAUGAUGAUGAUGAUGAUGAUGAUGAUGAUGAUGAUGAUAAUAAUAACUAUAAUAAUAGAAAUAAAUAGUCUAGACCUGAUUUCCCAAAAUGUUUUCCGCUACCAAAUGUUAUAUUACGAUCAUUUAUAUGAACCUUCAAUUUAAUUAUGCAUAUUCUAUUUUACAGGAAGUGAUUCGAUCAAUUGAUAGCGACGGAGUCACACAUUGUAUAAGAUUACUCCGCAAGCGAAGUCCAAUUUCUUUUGACUCCUCGACUUUAGAAGGUCGUAAGCUCAGCUUCUCGAUGUCACAGAGCCAAAGCAAAUACAUUCCCCAUGUGCAUCAGAGUCUUCCUCUUUGUCAUUUUACUACUUGUUUCUAGCCUAAUGCAUUGCGGAGUGACGCUUCGAUUUAGAUCGGAAGGUCCCGUGCCCUCCAGGUGACACUUCGACUCCCCGUAUGUUUGGGACCCGUGAUGUAGAGAAUAGGUGCCAUUUGGGAGCAGAACAUGAGGAGGAGGAUUCUGUUGGGUUCUGUCCAAUACAAGGACAAAGGUUUUGAAGGUUUUAGAAAAUACAUCGAUGAUGAUGAUGAUGAAGAACAUUCUCUCUGGCUUUUUAGUUCUUUACCAACCCUUAGUUAGAAGUAUGUAGCUGUGUCGUCGUGUGUGUGUGUGUACGUGUGGUGUGUGUGUGUGUGGUCUGUGAACGUUCCAAUCUAUAUACCUUCUCCUGGUUUUCCAUCCUUCCAUCCCUCCAAGUCCUCUGUUAACAUUCCAACUCCAAGCUUUCCUCAAUUUAUUUUAGUGCCUUUCUGGAACACACUGAAUAAAAUAUGGUAUACCUCUGGAA